AUGCAGACGGAGGAGGAGACGGCAACCGCAGAAGAGCCCAUUUUGGAGGAAGGGUCAGGACGAGAGCAGCAGCGGCCAGUCCAACAGUCUCUGGCCUCCUCCCUGUGUCGGGAGUCCCACUGGAAGUGCCUCGUCCUGACCCUCCUCAUGUAUGGCUGCUUCGCCACACUGGCAUGGUGCGCUCUCUGCCGGGUGCCCGUUCUCGGCUCCUCCUCCAUACCGCUCGGGGCUGACGACGACGCCACGGCGGCGGCCUAUUACGACAUCCUGCACUUGGAGAGCCCGUGCUCCAGUGGCUACGUCUACAUCCCCCUGGCCUUCCUCGCCAUGCUUUAUGUGGUUUACCUGGUGGAAUGCUGGCACUGCUUCUCCAAGACGGCCAUGUUGGCUCAUGCUGAAUUCCAGGAAGUGUACGAGCGCGUGCAGAGACUCCAGCAGGCCACACCCUGUAUUUGGUGGAAGGCCAUCAGCUACCACUACGUGAGGAGGACGAGACAAGUGACGAGAUACCGCAACGGAGAUGCAUACACAACCACACAGGUCUACCAUGAACGGGUGAACACUCACGCCUCAAGCUCCGAGUUCGACUACGGCCGUUAUGGCGUCAAAGACGUGUCCAAGCAUCUGCUGGACCUGCAGCUGCACCCGGCCGUUCGCCUCCGCUUUACCAAGUGUUUCAGCUUCUCCAGUGCACGUGCUGAAGCUGCCUACCUCACCCAGCGAGCGCGCUUCUUCGGGGAGAACGAGGGCCUUGACGACUACAUGGAGGCCAGGGAGGGAAUGCACCUGAAGAACGUGGAUUUCCGCGAGCACAUCCUGGCGUUCCCGGACCCUACCCAUCAGCCGUGGUUUGCCAGGCACAAGGUGUUCUGGCUGGCUUCGGCUUUCCUCCUGUCGUGGCCUCUGCGGGUCGUGUCCGAACAUCGCACGGCAUACGUCCACUACCAUGUGGAGAAGUUGUUCGGGGAGGAUGAGGACGGUGGCGGAGGAGGAGGAACAGGUGGAGGAGGACCGGGUGGAGGUGGGACUGACGGAGGCACUGAGAAUGGAAUCCGCCCAGGAGGGAUUAGUAUCGGGAUUGGUCUGAACGGGACGAGCUACAGAGCCAUCUCUCGGGUCAACACUGUGGACAUGACAGAACUGGAGUGGCACAUCCGCUGUAACCAACAGAUGGUCCCAAGCUACUCUGAAGCCCUCCUCAUGGACAUGGACAUAAGUGGGGGGACAAACCCCACUGUUUCUACCCCCAUCUCUGGGCCUCCGGGCAGCACCCCCAGCACGGUAACCAACCCGCCUUCUCUGGCUCUGCCCGUGGUGUUCAACUCCGCUUACCUCCUGCAGAGCUGUCCUCGAUGUCGGAGGACAACUUCCAGCUCCAGUCUUCCCUCCAGGCUAAGAGCCUCGAUGGGAACCACGGCCCUCCUGAACGCCACCGUGGCAGGGAUCAGGGCAGCAGGGCCGGGGGCUGGGGCCAUAGGAGGAAGGUUGGUGCUCAGUCGGAGUGGAUUCUCACUCGGGAGACUGGCAGGAGGACGCCAAAACAGCCUGUUUCAUUCAAGAAGCAUGGGGGGAGGGCUGGGAGGAAGUCGGGAAGAGGGAGGAGGAAGUGCCGGAGGUGGUGGCGGCGGAGGUGGAGGAGGAGGAGGUGGAGGAUUCCUCGGGUUGGGUUCAAGACAGGACAAUGAGGAAACCAGAGGAGUCCUAGAAGGAGAAGGGGAUGACGAGGAGGAGCAGGAGGAGGAGGAGAGAAGGGAAGACCGGGCAAGAGAAAGGAAUGAUGAAGCAGAGCAGGACAACGGAGGGGGAGGAGAGGUGAGGGAGGGCGAUAGGGAACGUCCUCCAUCCUACCAGGACGCAUUCUUCUUCCCUGUCCUCAUUAUACACGGAGAGGAGAGCUGCCAUGCUGGAGACGACAUGUGA